AGAUCUCCACAGCAAAAAGUCAAUAACUAGAUUUUUUGGGAUAUGAAAUAAUACAGCUAGCUAGAAACAUACACACAUAUUUGGCCUCCUCUCAGCAACUAGUUUUUGGUUCAGCUUUCCACAAACCCCAUAUGUCUGGGUUUUCUUCUGAUCAGGCACUUGUCAAUUUUUUAAGUGUGGCUUCUUCUGCAUUUAAUGCUGUUUCAGUGAGUUCCUUGGAAGUGGACAAGCCAAGUUUUGAUCUUACUAUGCAGGAAGUAAAGUCCAAAUUCAUGGAGGGAGUUUCAAAACACAAGCGUUCCAACAGUGAACCAGUUAAAAGAAAACUUGAGAAAGAUGAAGUGAAUAAAGCCCUCCAAGCUCCUUACAGAUUGAAAAUGGAAAUGGGAAGGUACUUUGAAACUAUGAAGAUGCACCCCACUAGUUCUGAUGUUCAAAGUUAUUUAAGUCAGGAGAUUUUGGAUCUUCGAAAACAAUUGCAGAACCAAUUUUCGGUACGCCAUGCUUUAGAGAACGCAUUGAGUUAUCGCCGGUUGUCACCUGAUGCUACAAUUGAAAACUCGCUCCCUAAGUCUACCUCGGGCCUCAUUAAGGAAAUUGCAGUGUUAGAGCAACAAGUUGUGCACUUGGAGCGCCAUCUUCUUUCUAUGUACCGAAAAACGUUUGAUCAACAAAUAUCAUCUGAAUCUAAUGUGGCUGAACGACUCAAUUCGUCUCCAUUAAUCACACGUAAAGGGGUUUCCGCAGAAGUUCCUGGACAAGAUGUUACACCAGAAAAUGACAAUGCAGUCACCAGCUCUAAUGAUCUUCUGUCUCCUCGGCAUUCAACUGGAAAUUUAUUAAAGGAAUGCAAUGACAUAUUGGACCAACAAAAACUGUUGGAUUCAAGCAUUCAUCGUUGCUAUUCCUCAUUGUCUCAGCAUUCAACUUGUUCCAUAAGAACUUCUCCUCGAACAAAAUCUCGAGCUAAAGCUGUAGACUCAUACCACUCUUUACCUUUCUCAAUGCUAGAGCAAUCUCAGAGUGCAACUACAAGUGUCUAUCCUAUGGAACAUUAUGAAACCUAUUUUUCUGAUCAUGUUCCAGAGACACCAAACAGCAUUUCUGAGGAGAUGAUUAAGUGCAUUUCGGCCAUAUAUUGUGAACUUGCAGAUCCACCUGUCAUCGAUCAUGAUGACUCUUGCUCUCCAAUCACAUCUUCAUCAACAUAUGACCUUUCUUCACACAGUCAAGGUGAAAAGUGGAGCUCAAAACGCCGAAAAAUUCCAUUUUUCCAUUCACAUUUUGAUAAGCCUUUGCAAUCUGAAGGGACAGAGGAAAUGAGUGGACCCUAUAGCAGAAUGCUAAAGGUAGAAUGGAUCUGUAGGGAUACAGAUAAGUUAGAAGAUGUUGAACUCACACUAAAAAAAUUUAGGUCACUUAUCCAUCGGUUGGAAGGAGUUGAUCUCAGAAAGAUGAAACAUGAGGAGAAGUUGGCCUUUUGGAUUAACGUGCACAAUGCGCUCGUCAUGCAUGCAUUUUUGAUAUAUGGGAUUCCACAGAAUAAUCUGAAAAGAGUUUCAAUGCCACUCAAGGCGGCUUAUAAUGUAGGAGGCCACACCAUAAGCGUAGACAUGAUACAAAGAUCCAUUCUUGGAUGCAGAUUGCCCCGUCCUGGACAAUGGCUGCGGCUGUUGUUUUCCAUGAAAACAAAAUUCAAGGUUGGAGAUGCCCGAAAAGCAUACGCAAUUGAGCAUCCUGAACCUCUUCUGCAUUUUGCACUCUGUUCAGGAAGCCAUUCCGAUCCUGUGGUUCGCAUGUACACAUCCAAGGGAGUGUUUGAGGAGCUAGAAACUGCGAAAGAGGAAUACAUCCAAUCGAACUUCCUCGUGCACAAGGAACAGAAAAUCCUUCUUCCAAAAAUUGUGGAGUCGUUUGCAAAAGAUUCAGGAUUGUGCUCCGCUGAUUUGGUAGAGAUGAUCGAGCAUUUUAUGCCUGAUUUUCAAAGAAAAAACAAUCAGAAGUUCCAACACAAAAGAAUCUGGAAGGGAAUUGAAUGGAUUCCUCACAACUUUACUUUCCGUUAUCUACUUUCAAAAGAAGUAGCUUGGUGAUCUUUCACAGUGAGUAAGCAAACGAGUUGAUUCUACGACUAGUUUCUUUGCUUUUGUGUCUUUUUCGCCAUGGAUAGCAUGAAGAGUUCAGAAUGAUUAUGAAUAUGACGCUACUCUUCCUGAAGCCAAUCGCACUUUCUCAGCAGAAUGAUGAUCAAAUGCGCUCAAGGUUGUUGAGCUUGAGAUGGCCUGACACGAAAGGUCUUAGAUUACGAAGAACAUUAGGCAAACAAGGGGGAUGGAAACUAUGAUGUAUUGUGUUCCUGUGAGCUUGAGCUUGUUUGAUCAGCGGUCUUGUUUGAGUGUCGUGCUGAUGACCCUACGUUCAUUAGUCGUCGUCUUUUAAAUUUUUUCAGUAGGACUUUUGUCUGUAUAAAGAAAGCAAAUGAGAAGGUUGCUAGCAUUAUUUUUUUUGCUUUUGUUUAAGAAGACAUGUUUGCCAAAUACUAUAUUUCCAGUUAUGGGCCGUCUUGGAUUAGAACUUAAUGUGAAGACCAUUUGGGCUAA